UUCGAUCCUCUCAGGGGUGCCACGUCUCCACAAGAUGCUUUCCCCCAAGAAAUCGCUUCCAUUCGCAAAGCCUGUGUGUUCGGCACGUCGGCCAACGAAGCCAUUUACAUCACGCACAACGACGAGGUAUUUGUUUUUGGACUGAAUUGCAGUAAUUGCUUGGGAACUGGAGAUAAUCAGAGCACCAUAGUACCAAAGAAAUUGGAAGCCUUAUGUGGAAAGAAGAUCUCCAGUCUCAGUUAUGGAAGUGGACCCCAUGUUGUUCUUUGUACUGAAGACGGUGAAGUGUAUGCUUGGGGACAUAAUGGUUACAGCCAACUUGGAAACGGCACAACCAAUCAGGGCAUUACUCCUGUUCAAGUUUGCACCAAUCUCUUAAUAAAGAAAGUGGUGGAAGUAGCUUGUGGCUCUCACCAUUCCAUGGCGCUCUCAUUGGAUGGAGAUCUGUACGCUUGGGGCUACAAUAACUGUGGUCAAGUUGGAUCUGGAUCUACAGCUCCUCGCAGAGUUUCCAACUGCUUGCAGGGCAAAAUUGUGGCUGGCAUCGCUUGUGGCCAGACCUCCUCCAUGGCUGUAGUAAACAAUGGUGAGGUUUAUGGCUGGGGCUACAAUGGCAAUGGGCAGCCUGGGCUGGGGAACAGGAACCAGCUGACCCCGUGCAGAGCGGCAGCGCUGCACAGCGUCUGCGUGCUCCAGACUGCCUGUGGCUAUGCGCACACUCUAGCACUGACAGACGAGGGCUUGCUCUGUGCCUGGGGAGCUAACACUUACGGGUGGCUGGGGACUGGCAAUGAAAGUAACCAGCUCAGCCCUGUGCAGAUCAUGAUGGAAAAAGAAAGGGUGGUCUGCCUCGUCAUCAGUCAGGUGCCCUACCCCAGGGUCACCAUGUAGAUACCAACUUUAGCCCCCACAUAGCACACGUCAGCCCCGAACCCUAGGCUCAAGCAAUCCCUCAGGGUUCAGCCUCCCCCACGGAGGUCAGCACUGUUUGCAGUUGGGUGUAUAAAGAGAGCAUCACAAAUUCAAGUUAUAGAGAGUGAAGGGCUACUUGAGAAAGGUGAAGAGUUUCUAAAGAAGUUCACGACCAGGUCAAUUUCUGUAAGUUUCUUUUCUCCCCAGCAGAUCAAAGCAAUGCACUCGAUCUUCACUCACUUCUUCUAGGAGCCCUAUUUCUUGGAAGCAACAAUGAUAAAAACAAUCCUCUCAUUUUUAUUAUAAACAGCAUCAUCAUCUUGAUGAAGGAGCACAAGAAACAUACAAUACUUCAUGAGGAGGCUCCUUCAGCUGCCUCUCAGACAAGAAAAUAGGAGCUAUUGUGAUAUCAAUAUACAUUGGGAAGGAAGCCCAAGUGAGAGGCUCUUCUCAAUUUUUUUUUUUGAGCAAAUUAAGGACAGAUAUUUAUAAAAAGCCUACAAAGUGCAGGAAACAGAGAGCAAGCUACAGUGCCUCAUAAUGCCAAGCAGAAAACUGGUAAGGCAGAAGAGCUUCUCUGUUAAGACCUCUUCAGUCAGAGCUGACCUAAGAGUGAGGUUUUCCCUCCCACAGAUUCAUCACCACCAAUGUUCAAAACCCUUCUCCGUGCUGGGUCUAGGGAGUGCAUCCCACUGUCUGGCUGUUUCCAGGUGAAAAUCAAACCAGAAGAGAGUGAAAGAGAAGGGAAGCCAGCCCACUGUUUUUCAUCCUCAGAAUUUGCCUGAAGUUCAUAGUAAGGAAAAAUCCCCAUGCUGAAAUUCUUACCUUCUCUUGUGCUGUAACUGCCCAGAAGAGGAAAAUGCCAUUAAUCUAUUUGACAAUGUCAUUACGAGUGGAUUAUGCUGGAGUUUAGGUUCUCAUAGAUGCUUAAGCUUCCAGUGAAGUGGUUUAAGAUUUGAAAUGCUGCUCAGAGCUGCACAUGCUAGUGCCAGACCAAGAGCUACUGCAUAAAAGUCAACUUGGUAAUGUACCAUCAUGC